AUGAACAAACACAGUACAAGUUCAUUGACAAUUUUCGCACAUUGUGUAGACCUCCUUUUCAGUGGAUUCAAAAUGGCGUUGGGUGCCGGAGGAAGGUUGAUAACACUUGCUGGUGUCUUGCAGCAGAAAAUAUCAUCCAGUUACUCUCUUUUGUGUCCGUUGACACAAGUCAGAAAUUAUGCGGCUCGUAAGGGAACGAGAGAACGUGCUAGGAAGAAAAAAGUCAAGAAAGAAGUCGUUAAAAAAGUAUUCAUUCCUGAAAACAAGCGUGUGAAGAAAGCGGAGAUUAUACCUUUUAAUCUAAUAUAUACUGAAGAUUCGAAGAAGAAAGAAUCGAUAGAUGAUGUGUGGUUCGAAAGCAUAUACAGAAGAAAAAUCUAUUCGUUUAAUGAAGCUGUUGAGUGUCAUCGUGACACUCAUCAUCCAUCACGGUAUGACGCUCCGAAUGGAUUUAUUGAGGCAUUCAUAGAAAUUAAUAUGCAGAGUGAGAGACCUACUAAGUUAAUGGAAAAGUUCUCCAGAAGCGUUUACAUGCCUCAUAUUUUUGAUCAUGGAGAAAAAAGAAAUGUGAUUGCUUUUGUUAAAACAGAAGAGAUCAAGAAUUUGGCCCGGAAUGCUGGGGCAGAGGUUGUUGGUGGCAAAGAAAUUAUUACCAAAAUUCAGACCGGCGAAAUUUCAGCGAAUGAUUUUACUGCCGCAGUCGCGCAUCCGGAAAUAAUGGUCGACUUGACUGUCGUGAGAGGUUUACUGAAAAGAAAGUUCCCCAAUCCUCGUAAUGGUACCUUGGGACUCGAUCUAGCUGAUAUGAUCAAGAAAAUUCUCCAUGGUAUCAAUUAUACUGUAAAUCCAUAUGAGAGACAGCCUCAGCUCGGUAUUAUUACUGCCCCGAUUGGAACUUUGAGUAUGGACACCAAACAACUGGAAGAAAAUUUCAUCGCUCUGGUCAAAGACGUCGAGUCUGUAAGGCCAAAGCGGGAGGGUGACUUUGUCUUCAGAACAUCAUUAAAGAGUCCACCAACAACGGAGUCGUUAAAAAUAAACUUUGAACAGUAUCUAGUGGACGUAAAGCCCAAUAACGCCGAGGACUCUGAUGAAGAAGACGAAGCUGUAAUUUCGAAUACCGUUUAA